AAUAAAUCCCUCACCUGAGCUCACAGGAGACAUGGCCGCGGUGAACAGGGAAGGAUACAGCCACUGGUCGCUGCAUCUGCUGCACCAUUGACUGCUGAGCCAGUGGAGCUGCUGGUGCUGCUGCGCUAUUACAUAACCAGGUUAUAUAACACAAAGGGAGAGAGGGAGAGAGGGAGGGAGAGAGAGAGGGCAGAAUGACAGAUGCGAAAAAGUUUCCACUGUUUUAUUAUUACGAUAAUAAUAACAAAAAAAGUAUUAUUAUUAUAAUAGAUGGGGCAGUAGAGUAAUGCAUACAUUUUUAUUUUGUACAUUUUAUUUAUUAUUCUUUCUUUCUCUUUCAUUUGUUUUUGUUUUGCGAUGUAGAGGGCUGUAGAGGAAUGCAUAGAUUGUUAUUGUUAUGAAAGUUCUGUGGAAGCUGGUGAAAGGAGAAUUCAGGCAGCAGCUGGUGUCUUGCGUAGAAGAUUUGAAUGUGGACUUGAUGCAUCAGGGAGACCAGAAGGUGGAACAAUACAACAACGCUAACAGAGCAACAUGAGCAAUUGUCACCCCCAAGUCUGAAGAUGUCUCCCACAGCCUCCCCAUAUAUCUCCCUCUACUUGCGUCACCCACUCUAACAGCACAUCCAUGAAUGGCUACAAUUGCUUGUCACUCUAUAUGUUACAUGUAGGUGUUCGCAUCCUAUUGGAUAGUUAAGUGUAACUAAAUCUCAUUGCGUCCUUACGCCUUGCCACUGGUGAAAUAUACGCAAAAGAAUUGGAGUUGAUGCCUCUCUGACUUUGCAACAACCCCAACCAGAGUGGGAGGGAUGAGCCAAAUGUAUAAUGACAAAGAACAGCUUCCCAUCGGGGUGCAUAUUACAAACUAACCUUUGUCUUGUGCACCAUGCUCUGAGCAUUAAAGUGUGACAAUACUGUAAGAGGUUCGUGUCUCGUUCCUCGUUGUCAGAGUGGGAUUGCAGAAUUGCCACGACAGGCCCCACCCUCCUACAAUUAUCAUUACUAUUCUUUCUUUCUUUCUUUCUUUCUUUCUUUCUUUCUUGUUAGUUUUGUUCGUGUUUGGUCAUGUUUCCAUUGACAGCAGCAGUGGAGGAACGUGUCCCUCCCACAGAGCUGUAAACAAUGGGGAUGUCUGCACCUAACGUCUCCUUGUCCCUCCAUAUGGCCUGGGUGUGUGUGAGCGUGUCCAACUAGACCGGCUGAUCCUGAUAAUCUUUGUUGGAGGAUUAGAGUUAUGUCCCACAGGAGGAGGAGGACGUCUCCUUCAGCCCGUGUUCCGAAUGUAAAGCUCCAAUAACCUGGAACCUUUCAGGACACACUUCUGCUGACUGUGAUGCCUUCCUCCAAGAGCUCCGAUCACUGGACUUUAUCAGAGUUACUCGGGCAGAGGAGGCUGUUAGGCCUCGGAGCUCUCCUGGCAUGGCUCUUCCUCUUCCACCUCCUCGUCAACGUUUGGCUGCUCUGCAUCUUCACCAGUCUCUUAGUGGUCCUCGGGGGUUGGCUCGGGUCUCGCGCUGUGCUGGACGCAAACAGCCUCCUCCACCUGGAGCAUUUCUUGCCUCUUGGCGGCAUCCACGCACCGCUGUGUUCACCCGAACACGAGUGGAGGUUGAACCACGAGAUCGACAGUGCCGUCCACAAAGCGGUGCGUGACUUUGUGUCCUCGUGGUAUCGUACUCUGCUGCCAGAGGUGGAGGGGGAGUUUGAGCGUGCAGUGCGUAAUUCAAUGUUGGAGUCGGUGAUGGAGCUGAAGGAGCGUGCAAGGCGAUUGGACAGGAAGGCGCUGGUCCAACGGCUGCUGGAGCUGUACGGCUGUCACCUGCAGAGCUACAUGACGGCACGGCAGAUACAGUCAACGCACAGGGAGGUUUUCAGCCUGUGGCAGCUUUACAGUGAAGUAGAUGCUCCUCACCCAGCUGUGAGCAGUGAAGCCGUUGAGCUCAGGUACUCCAGAGCUCUGGUUAACCUCGUCUUACAUGUGCUUGUUCCGUACCCUCAGAUGGAGACCAGGACUGGAGGUUACAUGGUUACAGAACUCAUCACCUGCAAUGUUCUGUUGCCGCUCAUUAGCAGAGUGUCGGAUCCUGACUGGCUGAACCAAACCAUUGUAGAAAUAAUCACCAGGUCAAAAGAACCACAGGAUGAGCUCCCGACAGCUGCACUGUACAGGUGUCAAAUCCAGCAGGACUCCUGGACCACCUGCAGGUCACUGUCUUCUUCUGAACAAGCAGGUCUCUCCAGCAUAAGCUCGUCGGAGCUUGAAGAUCAACAGAGCCUCAGUCUGACCAAUGAUCAGGACUCCUCACAGAGCAGCCUGGUCAGCCUGACAUCUAUGGACAAAUUAGAAAGUUGCCACGCAGGUUUACUCACACCAUGCAAAGUGAGCUGCUGUACUCUCCCCUCUGCUCAUUACUCCCAGUCGUCCGAGUCCAAAAUGAUUUCACUGGAGUCUCUGAUUCAGUCUGAUUCAGAAGAGGACCUGACAGGAGGCUUUUUUGACUGUGGUCCUCCAACAAACUUCUGCAGCGUGAGCCCCUUGAGGGACGACGAGGCCUUCGGCUGCUUUGGACAUCUGAAAAAUCUUGGGCCAAAGGUGGUUAUGCCUGAGGACUCCCAGUGGCCGGCGGGUAUAGCCCAAGAGAAAUCCCCGUCUUGUUCUCCGAAAAGACUUAACUCCUACAACUCUGAUUCGCCCAACAACCAAGCUGCACCUGUGCAUGUCCAGAAUGUACAAAUUUCUGGUACAGUCGCAGCGAAGGAGCUGCGUGGCACAGGCGCACAUCCCUAUACUCUCUACACUGUGAAGUUUGAGACAUUGGCUGAGGCAGAAUGCGCUGCGUCUCUGCAGUCUGCAGCCUCUCACACUGUCAACCGCAGGUACAGCGAGUUCCUCAACUUGCAGACACGUUUGGAGGAGAAGCCUGAAGUCAAGAAAUUAAUCAAGAAUGUCAAAGGCCCAAAGAAAAUGUUCCCCGACCUUUCGUUUGGAAAUGCAGACAGCGAGAGGGUCGAGGCCCGUAAAAGCCAACUGGAUACGUUCCUUAGACAACUGAACAACAUUCCUGAGACGGCCAACAGUGAGGACAUGCAGGAGUUCCUGGCUGUAAACACAGAUGUUUGCACAUAUUUUGGAAGGAAACCUUUUGCCAAGUCCAGAAUUGAUAAGAUGAUGGAAAAUGCUCUUGACACGUUGAAGACAGCGUUUCCUUAUCCUGAGUCCCUCAGUCCAACAGAGGAGUUUGAGGGAGACACUGAUGUAAGAACACUGGACCACAGAAAGUCCAGGAGAUCUAUGUUCCAGAGCAAAAUUUCCCCAUCUCUCAACAUUCCUGACCUACACCCGAAAGUGACGUACUGCUUUAGUGAAGGCAGCCCUGUCCUGAAUGGUAUGACGCUGUCGGGCCUGGAGAACUUUGUCACAGAGCAGGAAAGACUGUUAUGUGGGCAGAAUGAGAAAGAGGCAGCCAGACAGAGCAGUGGGCAGCCGGCCAAAGACAGGAGGACUUCAGGGAAAAGUCACGGCACAGACACAGCUGUCGCAGAUGUUGUUUUGAACAUCCUGUGUCUGCUGAUGAAGGACCAGUGGAGUUGGCUGUGCACUGAGAACAUUCAGAAGACCAUCAGACUGCUCUUUGGCACCUUCAUUGAGAGAUGGUUGGACGUAGGAGUUGCCCACCUUACCAGUGCCCCCUGCUGGGUGAUUUACCUGCAAGUGUUGCAGGAAGCUGUGUGGCCAGGGGGCACGUUACCCGCUCAACCCCGGCCUGAGCGCAGCGCUGCAGAAAGAGCAGAGACUAAGGAGCAAUGUCUGGACUGUCUCGUGCAGCUGCUCCCAGAGCUCAUCACUGACAUGCUGGGCAAUGAGAAGUACAGACUGAGUUUGGAGACCAUGCUGGAAUCUUUACAGGACCAUCAGAUAAACAAGCAUCUGAUCUACUGCAUCUGUGACCUUCUGCUGGAGUUUCUGAUCCCUGAGUCGUGUGACGAGGCCUUCCAGAGGUCUCUGCUGCAGAGCCUGGCCAAAGACACAGAGAAGGACAGUCCUCACUGAUGAUAAGCACAUGAUAACACUCUGAUGCUUCACAGGUGGAGACGGGUGAUGGAAGACAUAUAUAUAUAUAUAUAUAUAUGUGUGUGCUGGAGUUGUGAUAAAUCCAUAACGGUCUGUAGUUACUUGAUUCUAUCAGUGGCAGCAGUCAAAACACAUGUUCUUCAUGUGACUGUCAUGCGGCUCCACCUGCGUUUAAGGAUUUAGAAAUAAACUUCUCAACCAUGUGACUGUAUCAAAAAACAUGAGAAGGAUGAUAUAUGUAUGUGUGUAUUUCUGAAACAGCCAGCAGGGACGCAUCAGGAGGAAAACAACCACUAUGAUACCAGCAUCGGCGCUUUACUAUUGCAUGUGGUUAUGUGCAGUUAUCACUUGUUACGUUGAAUGUGACGUGACAGGUAUUCAGUUGCAAUAUGCAACUUCACCACUAGAUUUCACUA